ACUUGAGGCUGUGGCUAAAGUUAGAUUGGCUGGCGGAGGGGUAUAUAAGCCCCCGGGGAUAUACGUAUAACGCGGCUUCACACUGUCUUCUCUUCCUUGAUCAUCCAAACCUCCACUGAUACCGUCUCAAGAUGUCACCAAAGAAGGCCAAGAGGAGGCAGGCAGCAGGAGACAGCGGCUCCUCCAACGUGUUCUCCAUGUUUGAGCAGAGCCAGAUUCAGGAGUACAAAGAGGCUUUCACAAUCAUUGACCAGAACAGAGAUGGUAUCAUCAGCAAAGACGACCUUAGGGAUGUGCUGGCCUCAAUGGGCCAGCUGAACGUGAAGAAUGAGGAGCUGGAGGCCAUGAUCAAGGAGGCCAGCGGCCCCAUCAACUUCACCGUCUUCCUCACCAUGUUCGGAGAGAAGCUGAAGGGUGCUGACCCCGAGGACGUUAUUCUUAGCGCCUUCAAGGUUCUGGACCCCGAGGGUACUGGAAGCAUCAAGAAGGAAUUCCUUGAGGAGCUCCUGACCACUCAGUGUGACAGGUUCAACAAGGAUGAGAUUAAGAACAUGUGGGCCGCCUUCCCCCCAGAUGUUGCUGGCAACGUAGACUACAAGAACAUCUGCUACGUCAUCACACACGGAGAGGAGAAGGAGGAGUAAAGAGAAAACUAGAAGACAAGAAAAUACAGCAAUCCCUUUGCUACUCUGCCUUUCCCAACCUUUUCUCUGUUCCUCUUGCUCCCCGCUCACCUUCUGUGUAAACCCAUGUGCUCAGUCGCUCAUGGUCAAACCAAAGACUUGUCACACUGACACAUGAGAUGGCUGCUGUCCAUGGAUGUCUAUGUUUGCUUAUGGGGAAUUGGGAUGAUUUUCAAUAAAAUUAUCCUGCAACACUA